GAGUGGGGACGGGGGCUCCGUGGGGUUCUGGAACAGGUCACUUCUUCUCUUCUCUCCGUGCCUUGAGGAGGGCAAACCCUAAUGUGCUCCCCCCUCCUCCCCUGCGUUGUUGAAGUUCCGCUUCGUCGCUCCCCUUGUGCCUGGAUUCUCUCACCCCCCACUGGUAAACGCAAUUGGUCACUUCCGUUGUCCUUCCUAGCGCUCGGCAAAAGCAGGCGCCACGCUGCGCCAUACUACUUGAGUGUACCUCGCUGCGUGAGACGGUGAAUUGUGCCGCGUUGUGUCGCUCCAUGUGUGAGGGUGUCCGCUCUUUGGUGCUGGACAGAGGGCAUCUUCUGUCCGACGAAUAGAUUGUGGUCGGUACUUGGCGAGUGCCGUUGUUUAGCAGGGAGGGGGAAAGAGUGAAGUGAGUGAGUGAGUGAGUGAGAGAGAGAGGGAGGAGAGAAGGAGCGUCAAUUUGGAAUUCUUGGAGAGGGGAGAUCGUGGACAGGAAGUGCGGAAGAGGUUUUGGUUUUUUUCCAGCUGGCUCGGUGUUGCUGUCCCGUCCGAGGGAAUCAGACGAUAUGAAUCAUCCGCAGUCGUCGCAGAAACCAUUGCAGAAUGGUGGUGGUCGACGAGGAAGGAUCGACAAAGAUGUCGUGAGUCGGUCAGAUAACCUGAAUUGGAGACAACCUGCGCGCUCAACCUCCAACUCCUAUUCCAACAGCAACUCUUCCACACAAGGUGGGAGUAAAGGAGCUCAUGAUCGACUUGUAUACAUGUAUACCUGCUUGAUAGGGCAGCAUGUUGAGGUUCAGAAAAUUGAUGGGCAUGUUUAUUCCGGAAUAUUUCAUACCGGUGUCUUUGAUAAGGAUUUUGGGGUGAUUGUAAAGAUGGCGAGGCUUGUCAAAGAAGGUGCUCUCUCCACUGAAGGUGAAUUAGUCCGGGAAGCGGCCAGAAAACCUCCAAUUAAAAAGCUGCAAAUUCAAGGAAAAGAUUUUGUACAAAUUAUUGCGAAAGAUGUUUCCCUUACUGGGGAUGCUUCAUCCUCUAACCGAUCUCGAGAGAAUCGCUCUGAAAUAGUGACUGAUUCAGCUGUUUCACAAGGUUGGCAUCGCGAAUCUGAGCGUGAGCUGAAGCCAUGGAAGCCCGAUGAUGAAUCUUCUGACACUACAAAUUUUAGCUUGAGUAACACAUGGAGCGGUGGGAAUUGGGACCAAUUUGAAGCAAAUAAAGCUCUGUUUGGUGUGGAAACUACUUUCGACGAGGAGCUGUACACGACAAAGUUAAUUCGAGGCCCACAAAUGCACGAAAGAGAGCGAGAGGCUCAGAGGAUCGCUCGGGAAAUUCAAGGGCAGCAAACACGGAACAUGCAUCUAGCAGAGGAGAGAGGAAUCCAUUUGGCUCCCGAGCUAGAUGCGUUGGAUGAGGAGGCUAGAUACUCUGCUGUAAGACGUGGAUAUCCAGAUGAAGGUGACGAUGAUGAAGACCAGCGCAUCGACGACCAUAACGAUGAGACGUUUGGAGGAACAGUUACCACGGUCGGUAUUACCACCUCUCAGAACAGCAGCAGCUCUAGCACCGCUAUCCCAGGGCAAGUAUAUUCUGAAGAAAGUUCUACACUACCUGCAGAACCACAAAUUGUGAGUGGAAGUUCAAGAUCCGAGAAUUCGCGAGAACUUCAGGAUCAGCCCCUGGAAAAGGAAGAUUCAGGAAGCUCUGAUAUCUUCCCUGAGAAGUUAAGAUUGCGGAAAUUGUCACUUUUAAAUUGUGGUGAAAAAAGUAAACACUCCAGUAAGGGGUCUGGUUCUCCCUAUAACAGUCCUAUGGCAAGGGGUUCCCCGCUGAUGUCUCCAUUAGUCGGUGAUCAAUCAGGCAUUAAAGCUCUGAAUUUGGAUCCGAGCUGUCCUCAAGUCUCUGCUGAUGUUAUCAGGGAAUUUCAGGAGUAUAAGCAGCUGAAGUACAUGGAGCAAGUGAAAGCACAGUUUGAGACCUACAAGGAGUUGGAGCCACGUUCUCCAGGAGCUGCAGCUAAGGGUCCUGCUGGAGAUACGCCCAAAGAGAGCAACGUUCAGCCUGCCAGCCAUGACCUUAAAUCACAUUUAGCACCAAUGUCUGCUGCUGUUCAACGCAGUACUCAUGUUUCAGCCCCACCUCCUUCGUCAUUGCCUUUGCCGACAAGUCUGAGCUCAUCAGAGAAGCCGGGAUUGGUAUGUACAAUACCCAGUAGGAAUGCAGCCUCAGUGUCGCCUUUUAGUGCUCAGACAUCUCGACCAUUCUCUAGUUCGCAAACUCAGACAACCUCUACUCCAAACUCGCCAUCAUCUUCUACAUCAUCUUUGUCUGCCGCUUCAUCAUCAAAAAAAUCUCCGCUAAAUGCACAUGCCAAGGAAUUCAAACUUAAUCCAAAUGCCAAGGCAUUUACUCCAAGCACCCCCUCAGCCCGGCCAACUGUGUCUCAGCAGCACCCUGUAGUGGUUCAAAGUCCUGUGUACUCCAUGCAUUCUGCUGUUCCUGCGGCAACUUCAAUACCAGGAUCUCACGUGAAUCUGCAAAACAUCACUCAGCACAACCAAUUCCCCCCGUAUAAUCAUGUGGUUCCCUCACCAGUUGUUGCAAGUAACCCAACAUCAUAUAUGCAACCUUGGGUGCCUGGAUUUCCAGUAGGAGUUGGAGGUGGUGGUAUUUUACCUGGGCAGCCGAAUAUGAGAGUACCACAUUCACAACAGCAGGCAAUGCCCUCAUAUGGACACCCUCAACAACUAAAAUUUCCGAUGCAGCCUUCCUCUUCUCCCAUGCAGCCUGGCCUUUUGCAUCCAAACGGCCAAGUGUAUCCACCACAUAUGAUGUACGCGCAACCUUCAAAUCAAGUCGUUUUCGUGCCGUACCCACAUAAGUGAUAAAAAAUGUUUCGAUUAUCAAGCAAGUUUCAGUCAGGAGCAAGAACUACUAGAAGACCAUCCAUUGUUACCGUCAUAUCCUUAACAUGGUCAAUGAAAUACGAGGCGACCACAUCUUCGUCGACCAUCUUGCCUCCAAGCCCUUAAUAGACAACUGCAGUUUUGUGGAAAUGUCCACUCGACUCACGACAAGAGGAUAUGCUCAUCCGAGUGGCUUCACACUGUUUUUCGAAUCCUCACCGUGAAUCAACACUACGCAAGCAGGAGUGAGUGGCUUCUGGAAUGCUGAGACAGCUUUUAGAACGAGGACUUAGACGAGAGUAGAGAAGCUGGUAGAGAUGAGAAGCCAAGAGUAGUCGGGGCCAGUCUGCUCUCCCAGCAGUAAUAUCCAUUCAGUUUCUAUUUCGGGCUUCGCAUUCUUGCAGUUGGUCAAGGUGCUGUACUUCGAUUUGUUAACUCAAUUUGUAAUGGAUGUUUUACCUGUACUUCGCCUUGA